GUCUCAAAUUCCCAUCUAUCCCGAGACCGGCUGCGGCUGCAGUUGGCUUGUUAUCACGCAGUAGCUGCCCGCUUGCCGGGCUGGUCAGCAGCUUUCCCCGCAAUGUGAGGCGGCGAUCAUCCUGACUCGGUGGGCUUGGCUUGUCUUGACCUCACAACGUCUGAAUGAGCCAUCCUUCCACUCCUGUAUCCCCUCUCAGUCCGUCUGCAUAGCAUGAAUAUUACUGCGAAUUAAACCACAACUCACCAUGGCUCCUCACGCAGAUAAUGGAAAUGGCGAUGCUGCCGACAAGCCAUCAAAUCUGGCACCCCUCGAGCCAGGUAUUCCCGAAGUUGAGGCCAAAGUGAAGAUGCCCGCCUUCCCACAGCCUCCUACGUUUGACGACAAAUACAAGGAACGUGCAUAUUGGAAAGGCCGUCUUGCGGCUGCGUUCCGCAUAUUCGGAAAGUACGGCUACGAUGAAGGCGUUGCCGGCCACAUCACCUACAGAGACCCUGUUGAGCCCGACACGUUCUGGGUCAAUCCAUUUGGUACUGCCUUUAGUCUCAUGAAAGCCUCCGACCUUAUCCGUGUCAGUGAGGAGGGUAAGGUCAUCGAGGGUGGAGAAAAUCGUCUUCUGAAUGCCGCGGCAUUUGCAAUUCACUCCGCUAUUCACCAGGCCCGGCCUGAUGUGAAUGCUGCGUGCCACUCUCACACCAUAUACGGACGAGCAUUCUGCUCCUUGGGCCGCAAGCUGGACACUAUUACACAGGACGCCUGCGCCUUCCACAACGACCACGCCGUGUACGAGUCCUUCAACGGAAUAGUACUCGCCGCCGAAGAAGGACGCAACAUCGCAGCUUGUGUGGGUAACAAGAAGGCUGCGUUGCUGCAAAACCACGGUCUCCUCACGGUGGGUAAGACGAUUGACGAGGCCGUCUUUUGGUUUGUGAGCAUGGACAAGUGUUGUCACGCACAACUGCUGGCUGAAGCGGCUGCGGGUCCACGCGGGGAGAAGCCGAUCGUCAUAGCUGAUGAGGAUGCCGACUUCACAUACAAGACAGUGGGAACGUCAUAUGCUGGAUUCUUUAGUGCCAAGCCCUUGUUUGACGUGAUUCACAAGGAGACAGGAGGUGACUACCUAGAAUGAGAUGUCGGAUCAAUGUCAGGAAGCUAGGAACUCGGUGAUGUAACAUGGCCACAGACGGACGCGGGACUCAUUUCCGAAGCUUUGGAACAGAUUCGAACGACUUCCCCGAAUUGAUCGCAGAAUUAUCUAG